ACUGAGAAGCAAAACUCCAUCAAUCAAACCAUUGUCCCCACACUUGCUCAUCAUCAAUCAAUGCUUCAACCACACUUUUGUUAACAAAACUCAUUAAUCCAACAAAAUCUUUCACUCUCUUUCCAAGUUUCAACAUUCCCCAAGAAGCAAAGACAGCAACUUUAACCAAGCUUCUUGAGUUUGUUGAGUAUCAAAAAGCACAACAAGAAGAAACAAGAAUGAUGAAGAAGAAAGGCACCAACAACUUUACCCUUCUGUCUUUGUUUCUGUUCCUGGGUUUGAUUCUAACUGAUGGUCUCAGCAUUGGAGUUGGAGUUGGAAUCGGCGGCGGAGAUGGUGACGACGGCGGAGUUUGGAUAGGUGGAGGAAACCCUAAUUCCAAUCCUGGCUCAGCUCCAAAGCAACAGACAACAAAUGCAGCUUACAAUGCUCUUCAAUCUUGGAAAUCUGCCAUUACAGAAGAUCCAUCUGGUGUUCUUAAGACAUGGGUUGGUGAAGAUGUUUGUUCUUACAGAGGCGUGUUCUGUUCUGGUUCAUUGAUAACCUCCAUAGAUCUAAACAAAGCAAAUCUCAAAGGCACCAUUGUUAAAGACCUCUCUUUACUCUCAGACCUAACCAUUCUUCAUCUCAAUAGCAACAGAUUCUUUGGUCAAAUCCCAGAUUCUUUCAAGAAUCUUGAUUCUCUUCAAGAACUCGAUCUCAGCAACAACAGAUUCUCCGGUUCUUUCCCUCAAGUCACACUCUACAUCCCAAAUCUGGUUUACCUCGAUCUCCGGUUCAACAAUUUCACUGGCUCUAUACCGGAAAAUCUCUUCAACAAACAAUUAGACGCGAUUCUUCUCAACAACAAUCAAUUCACCGGAGAAAUUCCUGGGAAUCUCGGUUACUCUACAGCUUCGGUGAUUAAUCUCGCUAAUAACAAAUUAUCCGGCGAAAUCCCGACGAGUUUUGGUAUCACCGGUUCGAAAUUGAAAGAGGUUCUGUUUCUCAAUAACCAGUUAACCGGUUGUAUACCGGAAUCAGUCGGUUUAUUCUCCGACAUUGAAGUGUUUGAUGUUAGCUUCAAUUCUUUGAUGGGUCAUGUCCCUGAUACGAUCUCUUGCUUAUCGGAGAUUGAAGUUUUAAAUCUCGGACACAACAAAUUCUCCGGUGAUCUUCCUGAUUUGGUUUGCACUUUGAGGAAUCUGAUAAACCUGACGGUUUCUUUCAAUUUCUUCUCUGGGUUUAGCUCUCAGUGCUCGAGUCUUAGCGUUGGGUUUGAUUUCACCGGAAAUUGUAUUCCCGGUAAGGGUUAUCAACGGCCGCAACCGGAUUGUUCGGCGAUUCCCGGUGGACAAUUGAGCUGUCUUAGAAUUCCGGCGCAGCCGUUAACGUGUGCUGCGAUUAGCGUGGGAUUGUCAUCUCCAUGAAAACACAAAGUUGGAAGCUUUUUUUGUUUUUUUGGUAAUUGUAUUGGUUAUGCAAUUGUGUGAAGAAAAUGGUUUUUAUCAGUUACAUUAUUAAUCAAACUGAUUUAGUAGA